AUGCAUAAGCAAUUAUGGUGGUCAUUUAAGGGCAUUUUUACAGAUGUGGUUUUCCCACCGGACGGCCAGUAUAAGCUUCCAGCAAUGCCGGAGGAGCCCACUUAUGAGCCGACUCUUGGCGAGCAGAAGUACAAAACUUCGACACAGCUCGUUGAUACGCGCGGUUUUGAGGAGAUACAUACGGAGCUGAUCCACAAGCAGUACGGACUUGCUGCGGAACGUCUAAACAAAAAUCUUCUCAAGAACCAGUUUGCAAUAUGGCGGGUACCGGCACCCUGGCUUCCUCGAACGAAGAAGGCUAUCGGUGCGAAGGCGGGUAGUGGCAAGGGCAAUAUACAUCAUUACGUCACUCCGGUACGCGCGAAAAGGAUUAUCCUGGAAUUGGGCGGCCAUGUUAUGGAACUCGAGGCCAGAGGUUAUCUGAUGUAUUUGUGUGAGCGGUUCAAAUUUCCGGUCGAAUUUGUAAGUGAAAAGAUACUGCAAGAGAGGAAACUGGAGGAGAAGGAAAUCGAACGCAUUAACGUUAAUAAAUUCAACUGGGAGCUCGCUCUGAAGUACAACAUGCAGAACUGCCGAGGAUGGCUCAACUACUACGAUGUUGCGUUCAAGUGUAAAAAGGUUUAA